GAAAGGACAGGAGAGUGAGAGGAGUGUGUGUGUGUGUGUGAGAGAGAGAGAGAGAGAGAGUGCGCGCGCGCGCGGAUCUGAUCAAGUGACUGAUGCUCAUUCGGUGUUUGUGAUCCGCGGACCGGCGGGUGAUCGGAGGUGGACGGACCCCAGACCUCUGGCCUUUAGGCAGCACCGGACAAUUUCAGCUCUGUGAUGUCCAGCCGUCUAAACUAAACCCACCGAGAGCGGAUAAAAAACCCGCGAAACCGCGACACUCGGCACUCAGCACGACCCGCCUGUCAGCCAGGCGCCGUCUGUUCUGAGAUGGCAUUCCUCCUUCAUUGUCUUUUGCUUCUUCUGGUGCUUCUGCUCAUAUUACCCGUGUCCUGCAUCGGAUGUCCAUCUGGCUGCCGGUGCUACAGCCUGACAGUGGAGUGCGGAUCCAUUGGACUCAAAGAGAUACCGCGGGGAAUCGCUCAAGGAACGCAGACUAUCUUCCUGCAGGAUAAUGCCAUUGGUCAGAUCCGGGCAGAAGACCUGGCCGGUUUAGGAAGCCUGCACUACCUGUACCUGCAGAAUAACAGCAUCUCAUCCUUGGAGGCCAGUGCCUUCGUGAGUCUGGGCCAUCUUCUAGAGCUUGCGCUUAAUGGCAAUCGGCUCCACCUGAUUGCCGCUGAUGCCUUUCGUGGACUCGAGCACCUACGGAUCCUUUACCUUGCAGGGAACCACAUUAACCGACUAGAGGAUUACACCUUUCGUGGUUUGCAGCGUCUACAAGAGCUGCACCUACAGGAGAACACGAUGGAGGUGUUAGAUGAGCAGGCACUGAUGGGCCUGUCUUCUUUGGCUCUGCUGGACCUCAGCAAGAAUAACCUGCGUACCCUAAGCGCUGUCACUCUCCAACCUCUCAUCAGCCUGCAGGUGCUGCGCAUCACAGGUAAUCCAUGGCGUUGUGACUGUGCUCUUCACUGGCUCCGUAGCUGGAUAAACACUGAGGGUCAGCGGCUGCUGAGCUCAGCUGACCGGAGGCUGUUGUGCUCUGAGCCACCACGCCUCUCGCACCUGAGCCUAGUCGAGGUCCCAGCUAACAGCCUGGUGUGUAUCCCGCCUGCAGUGCAGCUCGAACCAAGGGAACUAAGUGUACGUUUGGGUGAGAGCAUUCGUGUGUCCUGCCAGGCCUCAGGUUACCCGCAGCCUCAGGUCACCUGGAGGAAGGUGUCUUACGGUAGGACACAGUUGUCACCACGAGGUUUAGUGCAAGAGGAAGGAACAGAUGGGGACAGCAGGAAGCCUGUGACAGCAAAGCCUGUAGGUAACGGGGGCAAUGUGGGGAACCGUUCCCCAACAGAGGAUGGUGGGGACAGGGAGAGCUUCGAUCAAGACACAGGCAGUGGAAUGCUGUUUUUGAGUAAUGUAACAGUGGCACAUGCAGGACGCUAUGAGUGUGAGGCUUGGAAUCCUGGAGGGGUUGCACGUGUGACCUUCAAUCUUGCUGUGAAUGUUUCAUCCUCAUCUUUGUCAUCAGGUUGGCCACACCUGCACCCCUCUUCAUCCUCGUCAUCAUCUUCUCAUCACCGCCCAUCCUUAGGGGAUGUCAGUCAGGAACCGUUGUACGAGCUUGAGAGCAUGGACUUCAGUGCCCUUGGCACAGCCACCCAAACAGCCAUCGCUGUAGGUAUCUCACUCCUGGCACUGACUGCCCUGCUGCUACUGUGCAUGAUCUACAGCCGCCACCGGCAGCGCCAGAAGGAAGAUGGUGCCUACGGCAAAGAGGAGAGCAUCCUCUAUGUCAACGACUACUCUGAUGGACCCACUACAUUUGCACAGCUUGAGGAGUAUCGGGAUGAACGUGGCCAUGAGAUGUACGUGUUAAACCGGGCCAAGCCUGUGCUGCCUCCACCACCCACUUCUGGCCAGCACAGGGCACUACAGCCUAGAGAAGUGCUCCAGGGUCAAGGCACCCUAACCUCUACCAUUGGACCUCGCAGAGCCCCAGCAGAGGGCAUUGAGGGUCCACCACCAGACCCAGAAGGACUAUUUAUAAACCAGAGUCUGCUUUUUGACACACAGAUCGCGUAUGAGAUUCAUUGCUGAAGAAGACUAAAAGCAGAUUGAUCAGAGAAGGCUUUCCAUAAGGCCAGGUAUAUAAAAGCUCUAUGUGUAUUGGACUUGAAGUCAGCCUGAUGGGAUCUCUGAUUAGUUUGCCAAUUUCUAUUCUAUAUUUUGGUUAAUGUUAGAUAAACAGGAUAAGCCGAAGAUUGUUUCAAAAGGAUAAAAGUGCUGGCUUACCUUGCACAGGACAAUAAAGGAUACAGAAUUUUCUGUCGCCUGACAUAAUGCUUUAGAAUUAAACUCCCAAAAAUGCCUAGGGAGCAACAGUAAUAUUACCGCCUCACAGCUCAACGGUUUCCGUUUGAUCUUGAGCAUGGGUUACUGUCUAUGCGCAGUUUAUGUGCAUGUUCCUCACAUGUCCCUGGGGGUUUCCGCCCACCCUUCAAAAUCAUGCCAGGUGAAUUGGCUGAACUAAAUUGCCCCUAGGUGUUAUUUAGUGUGUGAAUGUGUAUCUGUGUGGGUGCAUGGUGCUUAAUGAUGGACUGGUCGUUUUGUCCUGCCUCAUGCCCAGUGUUCUAGGAUAGGUUCUGGAUCCGGAGCAAUCACGGCCAUGCUAAAGCGGUUGCUAAAGAUGAAUGUUUUUUUUUUCUUUCUUUAGAGCCUGCCACAUAAACAUCUUGAAUUUUCAGAUGAACCCACUGAUAAGAAGAUAUUUCAUUUAUUAUUCACAAAGGGAUGAUGCUUGAGUACACUGACACACACUUGUGCUUUUCGGCAUAGUGAGUAAAGUGGAAGGCCACUUUUUUAUUCAGUUCAAACAUUUUUUUUUUUCUGUUUCAGCCAGACAGUGUGAAUAGUCCUGUCGUCUGUUCUCGCUGCCUAUUCACAUUAUGUCUUCAUAUUUUUAGAGCCUUUUAGUUUUUCAUUCCUCCUUCUAUGUGACUUUGAUGCACAUUUCCUUGUAUACGAGAAGACCAGUGAGUCACGGAGACAGAGACAGAAUGAAGUUAUGUCUGUGUUUGUGAUAGCAACAAACUACUGGAUUUAAUGUCUUUAAUUAGAUUCCUCGCUCUUUCUCAUACUCUUGACCUCUGUUUAAGUAACACUGUGAAAAAUCAAAGUCCUAGACACUAGAUUUCCUGAUCGAUUACCGACAUCUCUACGAUUGCAUUGUGCUCUGUAUGUCUCCAGAUGGCAUUUUGUAUGAUAUUAUAAUAUUGUUCUCUGGAGUGUAGGGUAUUUUUGCUGCUUUUUCUUUUUAAUCUUGCCAGGUUUGUACAGAAAAAGCCUAGUAAUUACUUCAGGGUAUAAAAACACUCAUCACAGCUGGUGACAGCAUCUGAAGGUGUUAAGCUUAAGCUCAGUACAAUAAUUUGAAGCAGUAUGUAUUUUUGUUUGCCAAAUGUCCUAUAAAUGUGACGUUUAUGUUUAGCUAAAUAAAAUCUG